GCUAGGGAGUCCUCCACACAGGUGUUUCUCCUCUGGUGCCAAAUAAGAAAGUCAGAGGCCAGCUGUGGUGCUACCGGAGGCUGGGCAGAUGAGAGAACCCCGACGGCUUCAUUCAGUUUCCUCUGUCUCUGCUUUACUGACAUUUUCAGGCUUUGGCACAUAGUGAUGGCAUACAUACAGCAUUUGUCAGGGUUUAGACUCUACUUAGAUCUAGAGAAUUCAACAUCAAUAUAUUGGAAUGCUCUGCCUUGAAGUUUGAGCAGUGUUUACAGGCUGUUUGCUUCCCAGCCUUUUUCUCUGCACUCCAUGUUUCUGAUGAUCUGGCACCAGAUCUAAUUGAUUAUAUAUUACUGUUUUACACGUUUAUUGUCAGCCAUGAAAACAGCCUUCUCCCUUGCAGCUGCCUGAUAUGUAACCUUCAAACAGGAUUCAGAUCUUUGAAAAAGACUAAGAAGAGCCCAAAGGCACAUCACAAAACACAAACUUCUUGCUCCGCUGCAGUUGCGAGCUCUGCCAGGGGUAAGCGUGUUGCGGGGCCAGGCAGGCAGCAAGCAGCAGCCCGCGCCUCAGGGAGGAGAGGUGCAGGGAUGAGGAACCCUCCCGAGCUGUGAAGGCGAGGAGCAGCGUGGAGGCUCUUUGUCCGUGCAGCCAGAGCACGGGAAGGUGAGGGGACACGCCAGUGUGUGCGUUUCUGGGCGGACAGCUAGAAGCAGAGCCACUCUUUCCAGUCUUCGCUGCAGAGCGCUGCUUAACAAGUGCAGGUGAAUGCUUUCGUGCCACUCUGGUUCCCAUUUUUAAUGACAGAUGUUGUCAGCUUCCUUUUUCUUCACCCUUCUGUGGUGCCUUUGGCCUCUCCUCCUCCUGUCAGGGUUUGGAGACCAGCUCCACCUGGCGUUGUCACAGACCCUCUUUCAUUGUAGUGCCGUAGGUGACUGUCUGCCUUCCCAAUCCUCCACAUGUGGAAUUACUGGUGCAGUGCUCCCUCUGAGUCCCAUGAAUCCUUGUAUGACAGCAGUGGAGUGUCCCCUGUGCCCAUCAGUCAUGUUGUGCUGCAGGCUGGGAGCAGGAGAGGUGAGCUUUACCACUGCUGGCAGUACUGCAGAGCCAUCAGGCCCAGCUCCCCACUCCAAAAGGACGUGUUUGCAGGAUUAGCACUUGCUGAUGGACGCUUAUUUUUCAGGGGUAAAGGAGUAAAAAAUGCUGUACUGUUUUAAAGAUAAGUGGUGGCUUGUGCAUUCAGGGUAAGGACAUUUUACGUGUGCUGCCGAACAAAUUGAGUUAAACUGGUAAAAUGAUGCACGGCGUGCUGUCGCUCAGUGAAGUGCAUGGCCGUUAUGUAAAGGUUUUAAUGACUUUCUUCAUCUGUCUGCUUAGGAACACCAUGCGUCUGGCAAAAAUUUGAGAAGGCUCAAGGCGUUAAAGAAAGCUCAUCUAAAUAAAGGCGGGUUAAAGUGACAUUGCAGUUACCUAAUCCUGUAUUGUCCUGCCAUGUGACUCCGGUGAUACUGAGGCGCAGCGUUUCUUUUGCCUGGUGCACAGAUUAUGCUUUUCCUGUCAUCUUCCAAGAUCAGUUGCUUUGUUAAACUAGCGAUGGGAAGGAAACAGAGGAGCAACAGACUAUUUACAGCAAGGCUUCGAGGCAGUCAUUUCCAAGGCACAGUGACAAGCUCACAGGCUGAAGAAUGAAUCAAAAUAAAACCCUGCAUUCAGCUUUUGGACUGGUACCAGAGUCAAGAGCUACGCUCUUAAGGUCAGCUAUUCAAAAUGAACUGGAAGCAUCUGGGUUUAUUCAGGGCAGUUAAUCAGCUAUUUGUUUGACCUUUUUCUAUCAAGUUAGUUUUCAAAGCAGCGAGCUAAAGCCUGAAAAUUUGUGUCAAAUAUUUUGCAUUUGUGUCAAAGGUACUAUAUAGAACGUGAGCAACUCGCCACUCUUGUGCAUAAAGCUUAGUGUUUCAAUUGCAAAGCCUCUUUUAUCUUGUAGAUGAAGAUCCUGACACGGUAAACCUGUUAGUGGGAGAUGGACAUAAAUAGCUCUAAGUUUUGUCCCCAGUUUUGGACAAAAUUGCAACAUGUAAAUACAGAAGAUUUGUUUUUAAGGUAAUUUCCAGACUAGUCUUUGGACUUUUGAUAAGCAGCUUUUUUUUUCUUCUGUUUGUCACCAUGUCCAUUACAUGUGGGAUUGUAUAUUCAUGAGAAUUAUUUCACUUCAUUAAACUGCUUAUUGAGGCAUUUUGUUCAAUGGGGAAGUGACCAUCCUACAGACUAUGACAACAGGAUAUGUGAAUGGAGGAGGUCUUGGAAAACUCCGCUAUGCCAGGUGGAAUCGUGAGGACAGCGGAGAGGACUACGGGCGUGAGGAGUGCUGUGGAGGAGACGAAGAGGGCAGGCAGCAGAGGCUGACCCCAUUUGAGAAACUAAUGCAGGAUAUGUCCCAGAAUGAAAAAGUGGUGAAAGAAUUAACCUUGGGAAAGAGAAUUGGCCUCUAUCGAGUCAGAGGAGAAAUAGGAAGUGGGAAUUUCUCACAGGUGAAACUUGGAAUUCAUUCCCUGACCAAAGUACCAAGAACUACUCAUGCAUGAACUCGUUGGAAAAACUGGCUCAGCUAUCCUGAGAAAGACAAACCUCUGCAACACUGAUUUUGAGAAAGUAGCUAUUAAGAUUUUAGACAAGACAAAACUAGACCAGAAGACUCAACGUUUGCUGUCUCGUGAGAUAUCCAACAUGGAAAAACUGCACCACCCAAAUAUCAUCAGACUGUAUGAAGUAGUGGAGACGCUCUCAAAACUGCACCUGGUGAUGGAGUAUGCAGGAGGUGGGGAGCUCUUCACUAAAAUCACUACAGAAGGGAAGCUAUUAGAAACAGAGUGUAAAAUAAUCUUCUCCCAGAUUGUCUCUGCUGUGAAGCACAUGCAUGAGAAUAAUAUCAUUCACCGGGACUUGAAAGCAGAAAAUGUUUUCUACACCAGUAACACCUGUGUUAAGGUGGGAGACUUUGGAUUCAGCACCAUCAGUAAGAGAGAUGAAACUUUAAAUACUUUUUGUGGUUCCCCUCCUUAUGCUGCCCCUGAACUCUUCCGAGAUGAAAACUAUGUCGGCAUUUAUGUUGACAUCUGGGCACUAGGAAUCCUGUUAUACUUCAUGAUGACAGGUAUCAUGCCAUUUCGAGCAGAUACAGUGGCCAAACUGAAAAAGUGCAUUCUUGAAGGGACAUAUAGUUUGCCUGCCUCCCUCUCAGAGCCUUGCCAGAAACUGAUAAAAGGAGUCCUUCAGCCAGUACCAACAGAACGAUACUCUGUCAAACUUAUUAUGAACAGUGAAUGGAUGCAGGGGAUACAAUACCCUAAGCCUUUACAGCCAUUUAAACUGGAUCCAAAGUAUUUGUCUGAGAUUAGUACGCUCAAAGAGGAAGAAAUUGAAGUGAAAAACACUCUGAAAGAUCUGGGAAUCACAGAAGAACACAUUCAAAAUAACCGGGGAAGAGACGCACGCAGCUCAAUAACAGGUGUCUACAGAAUUGUUUUACACAGAGUACAGAAGAAAAGGGCGCUUGAGUGUGUCCCUAUAAUGUCCUGUCCAGAUCCCAAAGAACAAGACUUGAAGAAAGGUAUCAACUCUUACAGUGGGAUAAAGUACACAUCGAAGCUGUGUUCUAUUUUGUAAACUGCACUGCAGGCUUUAUACUCGGCACACUUAACAAAGGGUUUUAUUCACUUUUCCCAAGCUUUGGUGUUAACAUUUUUUUUGUAACUUUUAAAUAAACCAAAUACGCCUCAUCUCCUUUGUAUUUCUCAGUUCAAACUUGGAGUGCUCAAAUGCAGAGCUCUAAUGUGCUUGGUUUUCCCUUUGCUCCAGGGGCAUGGUCUAGCCAGUGCAAGAACUCAGGUAAAACAGGUACGAGAUAAAUAGUGGAAGUGAUCUUUUAAUAAAGAUAAAAUAAUACUGCCCUUAACAUGCCUGGGAGAUCUCUAAGCACACACAUUACAACUGACUUCUCAGAAAGUUACCUUAGCUUGACAAAACUCUGCCACUGCAGACCAGAACAGUUUUCACAGAGAACAGUCAAUCCGCAAACAACUGUAAAUUCUUUAAAAAAAUCUUCUUAAAAAUUAUUCAGCAAAUUAAACAUAAAAAGUAAUUAGAGCUUUAAAAAAGAAAAGAAAAAUAACUGUAGAAAGGACAAGGCUGUUGUUGACAGCGGUUCCUGAUUUGUCAAAAUUCAGAAAGGCAAAUUCAGAUAUGCUACUCUAACCCUGCAGGUGUGGUUGCAAUUUUCAGUGCAUAACUGGUUGGGCUGCCAUCUAACCUUCUGACACGUUCCAAUAUUUGUAUGAUUCUCACAGUCCGCAACCGCUUAGAACCCAGUUGCACUCCAAUAACGAAACAAACAUAAGCGUACUCCAAGACUCGUGUACUUUUACAUUCUUGCUUUAGCACUGGGCAUCCCUAGGUAAGCUGAGCGCUGUGGAUACUUAGGUCUGUUUUCAUACUGAGUAUUUCAGGCUUGUACUAACUUCUGCGAUAAUACUUUGACAACAGAGGCUGGUGAAAAACUGAUUUUGAUAUUCAUGAAGUUAGAAAAAUAGGAAUUGUCAGGUUUCCGAGUGUCACCAAGACGUACGUACUCCUACCUUCAGCUUUAAUCAGGCAUUUUAAUCAGCAACACCAGCAGCUCAGAUGUGAACGGGUAGUAGCUGUCCUCUUGAACAGGCACAGUUGAAAUGCCCACGCUGACAGGUAGAGCCUGUAUGAUUUUAGUUAAGACAGGUAAACUAAUGCAACGUUUAGAGAGGUACAGUUGGUGAUGUCAAAUUUAAAGGCAGGAUGCCUUAUCUAUUAUUAGGGCCAAUUAGAUGAUCUGUUGACCUUAAAAAGAGUAGUUAAUGUAAACGAGCAACAGAAUGACUCUGAAAAGCCACCCAUGGAAAACUGUGCUCAACAAGACCCAGGUAAGCAAAAAGCAAGAACUGAUCCCCUUUCAUGGUGUAUGUGAGAAGGAGAUAAAGCAAUGCUGUUGUUCCUAAGACAGUAGUAACACUGAUUGUACUUUAUAAGCUGGGAAUGAAUUCCUCCACAACAGUAAGUUUCCAUCUGAAAACAUGUAAGUUACCUUGAAACACAGCCCUGAAAUAGUGAUUUCCCACCAACCUUGACAACCCUUUCUUCCAUUUGUGUAAUGGAAUGAUAUCAAGGAGAAAGAUCCAGGAGGCCCACACAGCUUGUGACCCCCACAGUUCGGGUUUUCACAAGGCCAGUUUCCCCUUUCUUUCCUGUUAAGGAUAAAAUGCAUCCUGAAAACUCAACAAGUCAGCACUACUCCAGCAGGUUUCAAAUAUCUCAAACUUUAUUUUAAUAAGGGAUCAGCCUCACAGACAGUGAGGGUCUGUGGUUAACUUUUUGUGCCAGUAGCUCAAUUCUUGGCUUGUCCACUGCCAGCAAUGGACUUUGUUCCAUGGCAAUUUUUUUUCUGGUGCCAAUACAAGUUUCAUGAGGGCAACCUAAACCAAAAUGCUUGCAAACACUAUCUUCAUGCAUCACUGCUCCAUAACUUUCAGCAGAACAAACAGAUUAGUAUCCAUCAAUUUAUAAUAAACAUCUAUUUUACCAAGGCUUGACUGUACAAAUACAGCAAGUUACCAAAUCCUAGUGAGUGACAGAUAAUACAAACACUUCGUUACACAAAAAAGAUCGUGAUUUAAACAGAUGAAUCAUUUCUUGCUACUUUAUAUGAGAUAAUGUAGCUUUGUAGAAUUAGCAAAGAAAUAAAAUUCAACAAAACUUCAUUCUGUACAUUAGCUCAAUUAAAUAUAUAAUACAAGCUUACAAGGCUCAUGUCAUAGUUCAUUACCAAUCUGGGCUUUAAAAAGCUACCAGAAUGGAAUCCCCAUUAGAACUGUGUAUCUACCACUUGCAAAAAUGGAUAGCUUGCAUACUGGGGAAAAAAAAGAAAGAAAAGAC